ACUGAUCAGCUGUUUCGGCUUGUUUACAUUGAAAAUUUAUAAAUUAUUUCAGAUUUCCAUUUGGCCUAGCGUAUUUUUAUUGCUCGAUUUGCAUUAAUCAUAAAAAUUUAGACAUGCGCGCUUCGGCCAAAGUGCGCCGAAGGCACAAAUUCAUAUUUUACGGGCCGGAAUGCGCGAACAUUUGCCAACCGCACGCUCAACCUUACAAGACAAUCGUCGUCGGCGACGGCUGAAGCGCAAGUCCAAAUUGUACAAGUGUAGCGCGUUAAAGAUAAAUUACGCUUAUGUAAAGUGCGGGUGCAAUAGUCAAAAUUUGCUAACUACCAUUAUAUUAUAUAUAUAAACAUAUCAAGCAAAUUGAGUGUUCAUCAUGUUGAUGGCAAUAUUUACUACAAGCGCCAGGCGGAUACGUCCUGAUCACCUGAAUCAUCUGGCCACGCGGUGCUUGUGGCAUUGGGAUCUGGGGCACCUGCAGCGGACUAUUUAUGGACAGCGAAUUUACUCCUUGGGGUCACGGCAUUACGUCCAGGCCCCAGAGGCUCACCCCUUGCCAGAUGGUAAAUCCUCAUCCGGACUGCAGCAUCAGCAGCCGCAGCAGCAAAAGGGAGAGCAGCGCCAGCAGCAGCAGGAUAAUCUUUCGCAGCAUCCAUCUUCGCAUAGCAUUCGGCCGCCAACGGAUAAUCCUGUGAAAAAGCAGGACUCUCAGACGCAGGGACGACAACCUUCAUCCUCGAGCAUGGCAUCAAGUGUGGAUAUUCCCUACGACAUCAGUUGGAUAUUUCCCCGACUGCGAAAUCCCUCCAAGCUGUGGUAUGUCGUCAGUCAAAUUGUAGUCACUCUCGUAGGCCUCCUCAGCAAGGUUAUCCUCGUCGUGUUGAAUCAUACGAAAGUCUACAAUAAGGACCGACUUAUCGCUGCGGUGGGCAAACGUCCCAAGGGCGUGCCGCUCGUAACCGUAUCCAAUCAUUACUCCUGCUUCGAUGAUCCCGGAAUAUGGGGCACUUUGCCAAUAAGCUUGGUGUGCAAUACUAUGCGCAUACGAUGGUCGAUGGCAGCUCAUGAUAUUUGUUUCACGACAAAGCUGCAUGCCACCUUCUUUAUGUAUGGAAAAUGCAUACCUGUUGUGCGUGGAAUUGGCGUAUAUCAAGAUGCCAUUAAUCUGUGCAUUGAGAAGUGCGCGUUAGGAGAUUGGGUGCAUGUGUUCCCCGAGGGCAAGGUUAACAUGGAAAAGGAGGAAAUGCGUCUGAAGUGGGGCGUCGGUCGGAUUAUUUACGAAUCGCCCAGAAUGCCAAUUGUGCUUCCCAUGUGGCACGAGGGCAUGGACUCUGUGCUGCCCAAUGUGGAACCGUAUGUGUUUAAAUUCCGCAAGAAUGUCACCAUCAAUGUGGGUCAACCGUUGGAUCUGAACGAUUUCGUUCAAGAUCUGAAAAAUAAACAAGUGCCCGAACCUGUGGCGCGAAAACUCAUCACAGACAAAAUACAAGAAGCCUUUGCUACUCUGCGGUUAGAAACCGAAAAAUUACAUGAGCAGCGCACUCAGUGACCGCGUGGAAGAAUAGCUUAUUUAUUUCGAUAGUAUUAAGCCUAAAAUGAUGCCUCGAUAAAAUGUUAUCACUAUAUAAAUAUUAUAUUUAGCAUUUUCCUACUUCCUUCCAACAUGCUGCAAUAGCAUUAGUGAGGCCAAAAGCUGCCCUGUCGUCUGUUAUUGAACAAAUUAUUGCUUUAAGUAAAAAGAGUGUGAAUUGA